CUGAUAUUAACAUAGGCUGAAUCGUUUACACACCACAGAAUGUUUUCAAUUGAACAAAACAGUCACAUUGAAUUGCAGCUAACAUUUGGUUCAGCCUGUCGAUGAGUCCGCUCCCUUAAUCUGAAAUUUGUUUUUAUAUUUGGCCACAUGACAAACACGCCACACUUUGUUGAAUGGGCGAGCAACGAAAAAUUCUCUGAGUAGUUUGUAGCGUGUUUGGGAAAGUGUUGUCAGUCGCACAAUCUCACACAUCGUCACAUACAAUUAAAGCGAUUAUUUAAACUAAUAUUGGAGAUAGCAGAUCUGUUUUUUUUUAAUGAAAAUCUCAACGAAAUAAUUGUGCAAAAAAAGUGUGGAAAAUCAAUGGAAUAAUUAGUGAAAAACUCAGCGAAAUGAGGUGCCUUUUUAAUAUUUAAGCAUCAAUGCAAAUUGCAAUAGGCUUCAGUUGUGACCCGUGAAUAUGCCGAAGCGAAACAUAAAGCGUACAAGAAAAGAGAAUAGAAAGAAAACAGAAUCGUUCAGUUGUAGAGAAUCGUGCGGACAUUCGGUGGAAAUGUUUUCAUUUAAAUAUUUCUCUUUUUUGUUCGUCGCCUUAGUAGCUCUUCAAACAAUGGCGGCGUUAGCAUCAGCAGAGAGCAGUGAAGAAGCAAGCAAUGCUGUUGGGGACAUCGACAAUGAAUGGUGGAAAACGGCAGUGUUCUAUCAAAUCUAUCCAAGAUCGUUUAUGGACAGCAACGACGAUGGCAUCGGUGACCUGAGAGGUGUUUUGUCGAAAUUAAGCUAUCUAGCGGAAACAGGUAUAACUGCCACCUGGCUGAGUCCCAUUUUCCAAUCACCAAUGAUUGAUUUUGGCUAUGACAUCUCCGACUUUAAAGAUAUACACGAGGAGUAUGGCACAAUGGAAGAUUUUGAGGAAUUGAUUUCUGAAGCGAAUCGUUUGAAUAUUAAAAUAAUUUUGGAUUUUGUACCCAACCAUUCGUCGGACCAGUGCGAAUGGUUCAUUAAAUCUGCAGCUAGAGAGGAAGGUUAUGAGGAUUUUUACGUUUGGGCAGAUGGCCAUAUAAACGAGGAUGGCGAAAUGGAACCACCAAAUAAUUGGCAAUCGGUAUUUUAUGGUUCAGCAUGGACUUGGCAUCCUGAACGGGGCCAAUAUUAUUAUCACCAGUUUACGGCCGAACAGCCGGAUUUAAAUUAUCGCAACAGUAAAGUGGUCGAAGCUAUGGACGACGUUAUCACUUUCUGGCUGGACAAGGGUGUCAGUGGAUUUCGCGUUGAUGCGGUCAAUCACCUAUUUGAGGAUCCGGAAUUAAAAGAUGAACCGCUGAGCGGUAAAAUACAAGAUAGAUCUUCACAUCUUUAUACUGAACACAUCUAUACUAAAGAUUUGCCCGAGGUGUAUGACAUGUUGUAUCACUGGCGUAACCUGCUGGACGAGUACACUGAAAAGCAUGGAGGUCCUGCCCGCAUAAUGAUGACAGAAGCCUAUGCCGAUCUUAAAUUUUUAAUGGAUUAUUACGAGAAUGCGGAUGGUUCCAAAGGUCCUCAUUUCCCGUUUAAUUUCUUCUUGCUUACCGACAUUUCUCAAACAUCGGAUGCCAGAGAUUAUGUUUUCAAUAUCCAAAAGUGGUUGACAUAUAUGCCCCGGAACCAUGUUGCCAAUUGGGUGAUGAGUAAUCAUGAUAAUCCACGCAUAGCUUCAAGACUGGGAGUUGACAGUGUUGAUGCCAUGAAUAUGCUGUUAAUGACUCUCCCGGGCGUGGCUGUGACAUACAAUGGCGAUGAAAUCGGAAUGCAAGAUUUUCGUGAUAUAAGCUGGGAAGAUACGGUUGAUCCACCAGCACGCAACGUUGGUCCGGAUAAAUAUAAGGAAGUCUCCAGGGACCCAGUACGUACUCCUUUCCAAUGGAGCGGCGAGAAAAAUGCAGGUUUCUCCAAUGCCGAUAAGACAUGGCUACCUGUCCAUCCCAACUAUGAGGAACUUAAUUUGGAAAUUCAAAAAUCUUUGGAGAAAAGUCAUUAUAGUGUUUACAAGGAUCUCAUCGAGUUGAGAAAAAUGCCAGUAAUGGAACAAGGACGAACGGCAUUAGAGGUUAUUUCUCGAAACGUAUUUACUGUAACAAGAUCCCUCAAGGGCCACUCAUCGAUUUUAACAAUUAUCAACACCAGUGACGAAGAACAAAUGGUGAAUUUACUUGAGGUUCUGGAUGAAGACAUUAAACAGUUGACUGUUCUUGUAUCCGGCGUUAAUUCCAUUUAUGACAAAGGGUCUCUCGUUGCCAGCAACACAACUGUGGCCAAUAGCGAUGCGACGACAUCAAAGCUCCUGACAAAUAAAGUCAUCAGCCUGACCAUAGCAGCCCACCAAGGCAUUGUCUGUCAAAUACCAAAAGCCAUGUCAGCAGAGCGCCGAGCCAUGGUGCGAACCAUUGUGAAGUUGGCUAAUGUAAUUUUGGUCGGGCUUUUAUUCUACAAAUUAUGGAAUAACAAAUGGACAAAACUGAAUUUCAACAAAGAAGCAAUAUUUUGAGGAGGGAGAGGUCAAAGUGUGAAUCAACAGCAACUAAUGAAAAUAUAAUUAACUCGACUGUUCUGUUCUUUAAAGAAAUUUAAAAUGUAAAUAGGUUUUAGUGGAUGAAAGUUAACCAAGUCAGAGAUCAGUGGACUUGUUGUGAAUUGGUUUUAUGCAAAUUAUUUGUAACUGCCUAAUUAAAAAAAU